ACCGGACCGAAAAUAUAGUGACGGGAUUAACUUUUCCCUCCUUCCUCCCUCGCUUCUUCAAAGUUGCAACCUGAUCCUCACCUCACUUGCGGUUGAAAACCCACGACCAGCUAAAAAUAAAUUAACUUGGUCGAAAAUGGCCACCACCGUGGUCGCUCUCUUAUCUUCUCCUCUUUCAGCACAAAACCCCUUAUUAAUCUGCAGCAAUAAUACUUCUAGUGCCAGUAGAUUUUCGACAACCAAUUUUGUAUGGCGGUGUCGCCCCAGGUUCCGCGUAGCCUGCCAAGCCACCGAUUUUCAAUCCAAAAGCACCACAACCAGCUUUGAACAAAUCUCCCUUGCUGGGAAAGACCGCUUAUUGAAGGUUCCCAUAUCAAACAUUAGGAAUUUCUGCAUUAUUGCACACAUUGACCAUGGGAAAUCAACACUAGCAGAUAAAUUACUCCAAACAUCAGGGACUGUUCAUACGCGUGACAUGAAGGAACAAUUUCUUGAUAACAUGGAUCUGGAGAGGGAGAGGGGUAUAACCAUCAAACUACAGGCUGCUCGAAUGCGUUUUCUGUAUAAUAAUGAGCCAUAUUGUCUGAAUUUGAUUGAUACUCCAGGCCAUGUUGACUUCUCUUACGAGGUUUCUCGAUCUCUUGCUGCAUGCGAGGGAGCUCUUCUUGUUGUAGACGCCUCUCAGGGAGUAGAAGCUCAGACAUUGGCAAAUGUAUAUUUGGCGUUGGAGAACAACCUUGAAAUAAUUCCAGUUUUAAACAAAAUAGAUCUUCCAGGUGCUGAACCAGAUCGAGUUGCUAGGGAGAUUGAAGAGGUUGUUGGAUUAGAUUGUAGUAAUGCAAUUCGUUGCUCAGCAAAGGAGGGAAUAGGUAUAGCUGAAAUUCUGAAUGCAAUUGUUGAAAGGAUACCUCCGCCUCUUGAUUCUGCAAAAAGACCUUUAAGGGCUCUGAUUUUCGAUAGUUACUAUGAUGCAUAUAGGGGUGUUAUUGCAUAUUUUCGAGUCAUCGAUGGUACUAUAAAGAAAGGUGACAGAAUUGUGUUUAUGGCCAGUAAAAAGGAUUAUUAUGCUGAUGAAAUUGGAGUGUUGUCUCCCAAUCAGUUGCAAGUAGAUGAAUUAUAUGCUGGUGAGGUAGGUUACCUUUCAGCUUCUAUAAGAUCAGUAGCAGAUGCGAGAGUGGGCGACACUAUUACUAGUUACAAUAGAAAGGCAGAGCAAUCACUUCCUGGAUACAAGGAGUCUACUCCGAUGGUGUUCUGCGGCUUGUUUCCUAUUGAUUCUGAUCAAUUCUCGGAGUUACGUGAUGCCUUGGAGAAGCUACAACUUAAUGAUGCCGCACUAAAGUUUGAGCCUGAGACUUCAAGUGCCAUGGGUUUUGGUUUUAGAUGCGGGUUUCUUGGUCUACUCCAUAUGGAAAUUGUUCAGGAAAGGCUAGAACGUGAAUACAAUUUGACACUCAUAACUACUGCACCAAGCGUGGUGUAUCGAGUACAUUGUGUAAAUGGUGAUACUGUUGAGUGUUCAAAUCCAUCUGCACUUCCUGAACCAGGGAAAAGGAGGUCGAUUGAAGAACCAUAUGUUAAGAUUGAGAUGCUAACCCCAAAAGACUACAUUGGCCCACUUAUGGAGCUUUCUCAAGAUCGAAGAGGAGUGUUUAAAGAGAUGAAAUUUAUUACUGAAAAUAGAGCAUCUUUAGCCUAUGAACUACCAUUAGCGGAGAUGGUAGGUGAAUUUUUUGAUCAGCUGAAAUCAAGAAGCAAGGGUUACGCUAGCAUGGAGUACUCUUUUAUCGGGUACAGAGAAAGUGACUUGACAAAGCUGGAUAUACUUAUCAAUGGAGACGGGGUAGAACCUUUGGCUACCAUCGUCCACAAGGACAAGGCAUAUUCUGUGGGCAGAGCUUUGACUCAAAAACUUAAGGAACUUAUACCAAGACAAAUGUUCAAAGUACCUAUCCAAGCUUGCCUAGGUACAAAAGUGAUUGCCAGCGAAACUUUAUCUGCUAUCAGGAAAGAUGUCCUGGCGAAAUGCUAUGGUGGUGACAUUUCUAGGAAAAAGAAAUUGCUUAAGAAACAGGCCGAAGGAAAGAAAAGAAUGAAGGCAAUUGGUAAAGUUGAUGUACCUCAAGAAGCAUUUAUGGCUGUAUUAAAACUUGAGAAGGAAGUUUUAUAAAUGUCUAGCAUGUAAGGUGACGGGAGAUUCAAUAUUACUGACCACAGAUCAAAACUAUUUUGUAGAAUAGCGGAUAUUCUUUGCAACAGUUGCAAUACAUUUUUUUCUUCUAUGCUGUAGAAAGUCAGCCUCAACCCUAGAUGCGCAGGGCUGGUAACAAGGCAACGUGUAGUUGUGAUCUCACUUAUCACUCAGCAUGACCUGUUAACAGGAGUUUACAAAUUACAGAGUCUCACCGGUAUUCUUUAAAUAUCAAGUUCUAUUCGGUCUUUCUUA